GAAAUUAUUUCCUGUUUAUGAUUGUAAUCAUUUUGAGUAAAGUCAACUCUAAAAAAUUAAAAGUUUGCAUGCAAGAGCUUAAUUCGGUGGAAGAAAAAAUGAGGAGAUUAGAAAUGGCAGAAAACUAUUUUAAACCUUUUUGGAUGAGUGUUAUUAGCGCAGUAUUUUUUAUAGUAUAUUUAUUAGUUCUUUAUGUGAUCCUUUUUGCAAAAUGUGUGGAGAUUGUUAACAGUGUUUCAAUCUUCAUUACGAUAGCUACAUUUUAUUUUCUAUUAGGAACACCUUACGUAAUUGAAUGCAAAUUUUUUCACAUAAUAAGUUUCAUAAAAAAUGAGUUUUAUAAAGUGAAUGAAGCACUACGUCAAUUGUCAGAAACGGAAUUUUAUUCACCGCAGAAAACAAAACUGAGUAUUAUGCAGUUAGGACUAAUUUGCACAGCCAAAAGAAAUUUGGAUAGUGAAAGAAAAUUACUAGAUAUUUUGCAGCAAAUACAUUUAGAUUUAGUAAAAAUCUCAAGGUCUGUCAACGAUAUGUUUAGAAUUGAAAUACUCACUUCAGUUGGGUUAUCCGUUAUUUUCUUGAUCUUUAUUUAUAUUACAGUUGUUUUUAGUAUACUUAAACUAAAGACUAGUAUGCUCUCGCUAACAAUAAUUUUAUCAAUCUACUAUUUGACGAAAAUUCUAGCAAUCAACCACAUAUGUCACACGACCAGUGCAGAGGCGUCGAUGACUGAGAAGGUUUUGUUUGAAUUGUCAAACAUACAGGCUGAUGAAGGCUGCUUUAAUAAGAUUGAACAAUUUUUAUUCACAGUGACAAACAAUCGUUUGCAAUUUACUGCUAAUGGAUUCUUUCAUUUAAAUCACAAUUGUAUUCAAUAUAUAGUUGGAAUAAUGACACCUUACAUUAUUACGACACAAUAUGUUAAAAUAAAUAAGGGAUGAGAAAGAAAAUACUGUUUUAAGUUAUAAAAGCCCCAAAUUAGAAAAAAACAGACCCAAUAUAGAAGAAUUUUAAAU